AUGUGUGUAGACACAUGGAGAGAGCGAGAGAAAGUCGUUAAAUGCGGAAGUUUGAAGAAGUUUGUUUCCUCAGUUUCAGUGAACAAGUUUGAUGAGACACGAGGAGACGAGUGUGAACUCUGUUUUCUGAUCUCACGGAACUCUCUCUGUUGUCUCAGCUCCAUCAUGGCGUCUGAGGUUUAUUCACCCACAACUGCUCCGAACCCCAAAUCCUCCUGGUGCCUGGUUCCAUCACAGCAUCUGGACAAAGUCCGCUUCCUCAUCAAAGUCACUGAAGUGAUGUUCUCCUUCGUGGCCUUCAUACUGGAGGAGGUGGUCAGCAGCUGCAACAGCUGCUUCGCCCUCUACUCCUUUGAGUUUGUCAGCUGCACUGCGUUCCUCUUCACCCUGCUGCUGCUCGUCCUCCUCUCCACCACCCUGCACACCAGGGUCGGCAUCACCUGCUGGCCCAGUCUGGUAAGAGCUGCUCCUGGUUUAGUGUGAGGACGAUGGAGAAGAUCCUGACUCUCACUUGUUCUGUGACUCUGAACCUGAGCUCCUGCUGAGAUCAGGGAAGGAACAGCUCAAUGUGAUAAAACACACGCGACGCAUUUUGAUGUGACAUCACUUCCUGAUGACAUCAUCUCUGAUGAGCAGAGCCCCCUGUAGAAUCUUGAUGUGUUUAAGUUUCUUCAGUAGAGCUGCUCAGUCAAUUCAGCUGCUUUUAUUUUGACAGAACAGAAGGUGAUCAUCAGAACUAAUGAAAAGACAAAGUACAGCAGUAGGUGGCGGUAGUGCACCUUGACGUUGGUUGCCACUCGCUAAUAAACCGAACAAACAAGAUGAAGCUCAUCUUUAUCUGAUUUUAUUUUGAAAGAACAGCAGCAGGUCAGUCAGUUCAGCAGAUUUUCUGUUUUAGAAAAUGACUUUAUUUACAUGACAAUCGACAUGUAUGUAAUAUAUUACAUGCAUGACAUUCUAAAUAGUCAUAAAGUAAAGACAUUCACAUUCAGUCUUCAUCACAGUUACAUCCUGUUUAUUUCAUACGUGACCAUUUUCUUACAAAAACACUUUAGAAAAACACUGUUUUUGGUAAAUGUUCAUCUUAAAUGUGCACACGUUAACACCAUCAACACGUUAACACCAUCAACACGUUAACACGGUCAACACGGUUAACACGUUAACACCAUCAACACGUUAACACGGUCAACACGUUAACACCGUCAACACGGUCAACACGUUAACACGUUAACACCAUCAACACGGUCA